GUGUGUAGGCCUUAGCACACGUGUGUGUGUGCUCUUGUGUGUGUGUGCUCUUGUGUGUGUGUGUGUGUGUGUAAACAGCUUUCUCACCUUCGACAUGUUGUUACAUUUCUUUGAAACAAACAAGCUGUGCUUACGUCUACAAGGAGAGCUGCACCUCAGCAACAGGGCCAAUUCCUUAUUGACGUUUGACCAAAAGAGCCUCCCCACCACCAUCCUCUACUCUGCUGUCGCCUGACCCUGCUCACUCACAGUCAGCAUCUGCUCUGGCUCUGCAGUGACAACAGCACCCCCUGGUACAGUGGAAGCCCAGACAGGGCCUUUAUCCUGCCCUGCCCAAGACUGUCGACUCUGCGGAAAAGAUGGAACAGGACCGGCAUCCCCUGGGUGUCGCAGCAGCAUCACUACCACACUACACAGAUUCUGAUCCAUUCAUGCCACAGGAAAUACCUACUUCAGAGAAUGCUCUCCACCAGUCAGAGCAGGCAGAGCAGGUGACAGACAUUUUAGAUGGCAAAGGAGGCCCCGCCCCCAAGGAACAGAUAAUGGAAAGCGAGUGUGUGAUCUUGUCAUCGGAAGACAUGCCUUCUUUUUUGGACACACCCACUGCAUCGUCUCUGGUUACCGGAUCUAUAGAUUCCCUCCAAUCAGAAGGCUUGGAGGCAUUGGGAAGACACUCUUCUUUACAGGUCACCCUGCCUCUUCGGUCCGCUCAAGCAGGAGGCACCUCAGACACACACACACAUGUCCUUGCAGGUGCAUCUCCCAAACACACUCACACACAUGCAUGGGUGCAGGAACAGCAGCAGCUGUCACACACCCUCUCACACUCUUCUGUUUCGCUGGAGGUUGGCAUAGCAACUGACCAAGAAGCAGAGAAUGAGGAGGAGGAGUUUGAUUUGCUUGCCAAGGACUUUGACCAAUCGCUGGACGAGCUCAACCAACUCAUCAUGGGCCUGGACCCAGAGUUCGAGCCUAACCCCACCCCUACACGGUGUCACAUGACCCGCUCAGCUUCCCUCUACACCAAUGGGGUUAGCCGAAGCUCCGACUCAUCAGGUUUAUUGUAUAGGCAGGCCAGUGAUGUCACUGAUUAUCCAGGAUUCCACAGUCCAGUGGAUGAUUACCUUCAUGUGCUCCAUGACUCCCCACUCUACUCACCAACUUUUCCACAGAGAGGGACACUAUAUCAUGGUGACAGUCUUGAUUAUGGAAAUCAUUCUCCUUUGAUGGACAGUCCACCGUGGCUUGAGCAUGUCCCUCCCACCCCUGCGUUUCCAGUGUCUCCGCCUACUCCCUAUGACUCACGGGGGUUCUUGGACAUGCACACCAGUGUGACACACACACACCCUCACACACACCCGUCCUCAGCCCACGACAACGAGGCCGGCUCUCUAAGCCCUGCCUCCCACCAGCUGAUUGUUGGCUCGUUGCGUUCUGUCCCUGCCCCCAGCCCCCUUGCUUACAAUCACAGUCUGUCUCCCGUGCAGGGUUGGGAUGAGACGUCUGACCGAUCCCUGUUCCUGAGCCCCCCGGGCACACACACACACACACCCACUUACACACCAAACUCUCCCAGCGUGCCCCGGUUCCCUGCCCAGAGUGGGGGGCGUGUAGAGCCUAGUCUGCUGGACGCGGUGGAGAGGUUUGGGGCGCUGGCUCUUGGGGAGGCUCCACCCGUCCUGCCCCAGAAGAGGAGGGGGGUGGACGGGGCAGAGACCGGCCCAGGCUCCCUACUCAAUGGCAGUAGCUGUGGCAGCAGCCCUGAACUACUUGGCAAUAGGCAGGACUCUGCAAAGUUUGUCCAAGACACCACAAAGUACUGGUACAAACCUGACAUCACAAGGGAACAGGCCAUAGCUGCUUUGAAGGACCGAGAGCCGGGCUCAUUCAUAGUCCGAGACAGUCACUCAUUCAGAGGAGCGUACGGAUUGGCUAUGAAAGUUUCCACACCCCCUCCUUCUGUCCUGCAGCAGAGUAGGAAAGCUGGGGAUCUGUCAAGCGAGCUGGUCAGACACUUCCUGAUUGAGUGCACACAAAAAGGAGUCAGACUGAAAGGCUGCCCGAAUGAGCCGUACUUUGGAAGUCUCACUGCCCUGGUGUGCCAACAUUCCAUAACUCCAUUAGCUCUCCCCUGCAAGCUCAUCAUCCCUGACAGCGAUCUUUUAGAAGGCUUGUGUGAAUCUCUGUCGGAGACGGCCACAAACUCAGCGGCAGAACUGCUCAAACAGGGAGCAGCAUGUAAUGUGUGGUUCCUCGGCUCCGUUGAGCUUGAGUCGCUGACUGGUGUCCAGGGUGUGCAGAAAGCUGCAACUGUCACACUGGCUUUAAACCGUCCCCCAACCUCCACCAUUGUCCACUUCAAAGUGUCUGCUCAGGGAAUCACACUCACCGACAACCAGAGGAAGUUGUUCUUCAGGAGGCAUUACCCUGUAAACACGGUAAUAUUCUGUGCUCUAGAUCCUCAAGAGAGAAGAUGGACCAAAGAUGGCUGCACAGAUGCAAAGAUCUUUGGCUUCGUGGCACGGAAGAGCAGCAUGAGUGUGGAGAACGUGUGCCACCUGUUCGCAGAGCACGACCCCGAGCAGCCUGCCAGCGCCAUCGUCAACUUUGUCUCCAAGGUCAUGAUUGGCUCGCAGAAGUCCAAGUAGUCAAGUGGCACUCGCGUGCGCGCACACACACACACAUACAUGCCACCACAACCACAAAACACACACACAGACAAACACAUGCCACCACAACCACAAAACACACACACACACACUCACACACAUGCCACCACAACCACAAAACACACACACACGUUUCUAACAUAAUGUGACGGAACAGAGAAGUACUUGUACAGUAUGCUAUACAUUUUGGUAAGCACUUCAUUUCACUUACCAGUGUCUAUAUAAAAUAGGAAAUGCUGUGACACUGCAAUUAUAGUGAUAACAGAACAAAUUACCACAGAACAUAGCAUUGCAUUGUAUAUAGCAUUUAUGCAAGCAGUCUACCAAUUCUUUCACAUACACACACACACACACACACACACACACACACACACACACAAACACUCGACACACACACACAUGUACCUUCUGUGCUCUGUCAAAGCAAGGUGAUAAAUGUUACUAUUCUCAUCCUUCUCUAGUCUGUCUUAUCAGUCUAAUAAGUGUGUAGGUAUGUAUUAAAACAGCACUCAUGCCUCUGUGAGACUAACUGUCUAUGAGAUAUCCAGAAUGCAGUUACAGUAAGUCUGGAUUAGAGCUGUCCAUAAUAAGCUACAUAUCCAACCGAUCUAACCCAGAUCAUGGCCAGAGAUGGCUGCUGUGUGAGUAGCUAGACUCUCUUGGCUUUUGUCUAAUGGUGUAUAUCAUUCUAAGGUCUGAUCAUUUCAUUCUUUAAAAAAGAGUUCUGACAGUCUUACAAUGGUCAUGUGACUAAUGAUUGACCCCUAGAUUUAAUAAAGAUGUACAUAAUGUAUCAUUUACUUAAUGUUUUUUUUUAUAUGAUAUAUAAAAUAAACUCACAAUCUAUGAAAA